AUAGAAAAAAAAAUGGUUUUUGGAAAUAGGUCUUUUGUGACGGAAUUCAUUCUGAUUGGCUUAACAGACCAGCCCAAUCUUCAGCUGCCUCUGCUGUUCCUGUUUCUUUUAAUGUAUAUGGUAACUAUGAUGGGGAAUUUGGGUUUGAUAAUUCUAAUCGGACUGAAUUCACACCUUCAUACUCCCAUGUACUUUUUUCUCUUUAACUUGUCUUUAAUAGAUCUCUGUUAUUCUUCAGUGUUUACACCCAAAAUGUUAUUGAACUUUAUGUUAAGUAAGAAUAUUAUCUCUUAUAUGGGCUGUAUGACCCAACUUUAUUUUUACUCAUUUUUCGUUAUUUCUGAGUGUUAUGUAUUAAUGUCAAUGGCCUAUGAUCGCUAUGUGGCCAUCUGUAAUCCACUCUUAUAUAACAUUGUUAUGUCCCCUAAAAUAUGUUCCUACCUAAUGCUCGGUUCAUACUUGAUGGCAUUUUCCGGUGCCAUGGCUCACACAGGAUUCAUGCUGAAACUGGUUUUCUGUGAUGCAAAUACCAUCAACCACUACUUCUGCGACAUCCUCCCUGUGAUGCAGCUUUCCUGCACCAGCACCUAUGUCAACGAGCUGGAGGUUUUUAUCGUGGUUGGCAUCAACAUCACUGUGCCCAGCAUCACCAUCUUCAUCUCUUAUGGUUUCAUUCUCUCCAUCAUCUUCCACAUCAGCUCCAAUGAGGGCAGGUCCAAGGCCUUCAGCACCUGCAGUUCUCACAUCAUUGCUGUUUCUCUGUUCUUUGGAUCGGGUGCAUUUAUGUAUCUUAAACCCUCCUCAGCUGGGUCAAUGGAUGAGGGAAAAAUCUCUUCUGUCUUUUAUACCAAUGUGGUCCCCAUGAUGAACCCCUUAAUCUACAGCUUGAGGAACAAAGAUGUUAAAGUUGCCCUGAGGAAAACCUUGAGCAUGUUGAAAUUAUGA